CUUUUGUCUAGUAUGUGAUGAAAAUAUGGUAUUUUAGUUUUGUCAGUUUGUUUCACAUUGUUAAAGGUAACGUUAUCUUAUAAAAUAAAUGGUUGUUUUACGAAACAUGGAAAAUGGAAACAACUUCACUCAACCUACUUGACUUAGUUAAUGAAUACUAAAAUAACUAAUGAUAAGUGAUUAGUUUAUUACUUACGUAUUUUGUAGUUUUUCUUCCCAAAAAACUAAUAGUAUCCUUUAGGAAUAUAGUCAUUAUUUCAUUCCGUCACAUAGAGAUAGAAAAACAUGAAUGGAAGAUGAUAAAGUGGUGAUGUUAGUCUUUGUUCACCAUGUCAAAACCAAAGGUGUCGAAACUGAAAGGUAGCUUGCGAAAUGGUGUGGUAAAGAUGAUGAUUUAGUUGGAAGUUGGAUACAGCUUCGAAAACCGACGAGUUCUUAAUUUCUUCAUUUUUGGUGCUGAUGCCAAACCUCAUUGAUCAAUCAAACCAUCCCCACUUCUCACAAUCCACCCUAAUCUCAAAUUAUCUUGUUGGUCACUAAAAUGCAUUGAAAUUGCAGUUUGUCUACUUUUGAAAAAGAAUUUUACAUUUGAUUGGAUGUAAAUAGUAAAUAUCGUGUUUCAGUAGCGAUGAUAUGUAACCGUGUUUGGCAGCAGAAUAAAACAAAAUCCUGAUAUUUUUGGUUAGAAGGUGACUUAAAUUAACAAGUGAUUAUACCCUUGAAACCAGAGAGAGAACAGAACGUACUAUUUUAAGGACUAAAUGGCUUAGCGUCAAGCAAAUGUCACAGAGGACUCGUUCAAUGCAUAGUAUUAAGCAAAUCAAGCAACAAACAAAACCAAACCAAACUCAAAACACAGUUUCUAUUUUUAGUAAUCACAACUUCUACACUUCCACCCCAUCACACAUUUUCCACACACUCAACCAAAUAAAAAGCUUUUUUAACUAAAAACUAUAAACAAAAACAAUAAAAAUACCAGAUCUCUUGUUCUUUUUCGUGUAUGAGAAAUCUCACGGCGGAGAUAAUCUGUCUCCGGCCACCAUAAUGUCGACAUAUCCUUCAUCUUUACCGCCACAUUCUCCAUCAGAAAACUACGUCACACCGCCUUUGACGGUCAUCCUCACCGUCAUACUCCUUGUUUUCUUCUUCAUAGGUUUUUUCACGCUUUAUUUCUGCAAGUGUUUUCUCGACGCCAUGAUGCAAGCUUGGCGUCUCCGCCAUGGAGGAGAAGCCGAAGCAACCGAAAAUCCCAUCCAGCCACCGGAAGCUCCCACGGUUAAUCCCGGCCUCGAACUUCGCAUCAUAAACUCGUUUCCCACUUUUCCUUAUUCAUCCGUUAAAGAUCUCCGGGAAGAGAAAUAUGGCCUCGAGUGCGCUAUAUGUCUACUAGAAUUCGACGGAGAUCACGUGCUACGUCUCUUGACCACAUGCUACCACGUAUUUCACCAAGAAUGCAUUGAUCUUUGGUUCGAAUCUCACAAAACUUGUCCCGUUUGUCGCCAUGAUCUUGAUCCUCCACCGCUAGAAAACACCACCAUUACGCUGCCUAACGUCGAUGAGAUGAUCAUUGAUGUGAUUCAAGAAAAUAGCGACGACGAUCAGCAUCAUCAGACAACAACACAGAUUGAUACUUGGCCGUCUUCAGGACAAAACAGUUGCUUAAACAAUGAAAGAUCGAGAAAAGAACAAACUCUGCCGGAUAAAUUCUCGAGAUCACAUUCGACGGGACAUUCAAUAGUGAGAAACAAACCGGAGGAAGAAGAUAGGUAUACAUUGAGAUUACCGGAGCAUGUCAAGAUCAAGGUUACAAGAGGACAUGGCCAAACAGAAAGUUGUGUUACUUUUGGUGAAAUUAUUAGAAACAAAUGUGAUCAUCGCCGGUUUGGUGAAGUCUCCAACCAAACGGUUGUUACACAAUCAGAAAAUUAAAGAACUAAUAGAUACUAUACUCAUACUUUUCUUUCUUGACAAAAGGUUCUUUUAUUUUUCUUGUUGUUGUAUUGAAUUAUAUACAUCUUUUAGGUAGAAAUUUUAACUUGAGAUGCUAAUUAGUGUUGUUAGUGAUUUUAUAUAUUUUAUUUUCCAGAGUUUUAUUAAUAAAAGCGGACAAUUUAUUU